AUGGUUAAAGUCUUUAUGAGGCUGGCGCCAAACGAAUGGGUUCAUUCAACAAGAGAUGCUUCAAUUCGAGUCACGCGACAUUUUGUGCCAUUUUGGAACAUUAACCUUAAUGGAUCUGUUAGAUGUUCUAUUGGUACAAAAUCCAAUUUUCCUUUUCGACAUGAUGAUAAAUAUUAUUCACAUCGAGAAUGGCAUUCGUUUUCCUUCCAAAUCGAUGACAUCAAGCUGGACAAUAUUAACAUCUAUGCUGAUGACGAAUUCGACACGUAUCACAUACAAAAAUUGGAUGUAUCAUUCGAUGAAGAUCAACUAGUUGAUUUAACUUCGGACAAUAAAAUCAUUGCCGAACCUACGAUUAACAGUGAUGAAGCAUUUCACAAUGCGUGGAUGCUCAUUGUCAAACCUCUACUUGAAGAUAUAUGUCGCAAAAAAGCACAAGAGAGAUUUCCGAGAUUUGAAGAGCCACGAAUUGACUCAUUUCAUUUAACAAUCAAUUCUAAACAAGACCGAGUGUUAUAUUAUCCAAUCUAUGAGAUUACUUAUUAUUAUAAGUCGAAGUUUCCAUACACUUGUCUAUUAGAUGGUGUAACUGGAUACAUCGCUGGUGAUAGACAAUUUUCAACUAUGAAAGUCACGUUAGCAAGUUUCUUAUCAUUCUAUCCAAUCGUAAAAAUGGGCAUCUUUUCAUUUGGCACUUGCCUUCCGAUGGCAGCGAUUGUUGCGCCUUGUAUUGGACUCUAUGUACGUUCAUAUCCGAAACGAUAUAAAGGAGGACUCAAUCAAGUCCAGUGGACGGACGAUCAUUCAAAAGCAUCAAAAUUUACAUAUAAUUUAUUGAAGUUAAUCGAAGAAUCAAAAAAUCAAUCGAAACUAGACAGUGAUCAAGUAAUUCAUGUCGAAAAACAAACAGUAUGA